AUGCCUCCUAGUCAAGAACAGAAAUUAUCAGCAGCAGCUCGUCUUCGGGCUAACCUCGCCGACCAGUCAAAAACAAUAAUUUGUCCCGGCAUUUACGAUGGUAUAACAGCUCGGAUAGCUCUUAAUGAGGGAUUUGAACAUAUCUAUAUGACCGGAGCUGGCACAGCCGCAACCCGCUUGGGUGUACCGGACCUGGGACUGGCAACUAUGAAUGAUAUGGUUGCAAAUGCACGCACGAUUGCAUCUUUGGAUCGCUCAAUUCCCUUAAUCGCUGAUGCCGAUACCGGUUAUGGAGGCCCUUUAAUGGUCGCACGGACAGUUAAAGAGUACAUGACUGCCGGCGUAGCAGCAAUGCAUAUCGAAGAUCAAGUUGUAACGAAGCGAUGCGGCCAUCUCUCUAACAAAGAGUUGGUCGAUGAGGACAUCUACCUCAGUCGGAUUCGAGCCGCUGUGAUGGCACGAGAAGAGUUGUCGGAAUCGUGGCCGGGAAUGGAUAUUGUCAUUAUUGCACGAACAGACUCACUCCAGUCCCUGGGAUACGACGCUGCUGUUAAACGCCUUCAAAAUGCAGUCUCGAUUGGUGCCGAUGUCGCUUUUCUCGAGGGAAUGACAACAAUGGAACAAUGCCGGAGUGUCUGCACCGACUUGGCACCCACCCCGGUGCUAUUGAAUAUGGUAGCUGGUGGAGUGACACCCGAUUUGAGCGCCGAUGAAGCUGCAGGUCUGGGUUUUAAAAUCAUCAUCUUUCCCGCCGUGUGUCUUAGUCCGGUUGUGGACGUAGUUACGCAGGCUCUAAAAACCUUCAAGACAUCACGGAGAAAUGAGAAUGCAGGCAGCAAAAGGAAAGCGCAGAUGCAGCGUGAGAUCGAUAGCCUGCGCCAGCAAGCACAAGUGCAAGCGAAUCGCUCAACAGAAUUGAAUGAAAACAUACAAGCAAUAUAUUUGAGCUCGCCCUCCGAGCAUCCCCAUGAGGAAGCCGUGGUAGAUAGUGACACUAGCCGUCAGCACGAGAACAUUGAAGAUCAAACAACUCGUUUGCAAAAGACAAUAACCAUACCCCGGGCUAUAGAUGGGCUAGAGUUGGAGUCUUAUAAAAUUGAUGAUUGCUUCUCAUUGUUUUUUAAACACUACUUCAAAACUCUUCCUAUAGUUGAUCAACGAAACGAUCCGAAUUGGUUUUAUGACUAUUCACCACUUUUAUUCUGGACAAUACUGGCGAUUGGCUCACGAAAAUAUGAACAGGACCCGACAAUUCUUGAGAGCUUGGGCCCCAAAGUUACCGCUUUGACAAUGCAGUCCAUGCUAAAACCUCACGAGCAUAUGAAAACAAUACAGAGCUUGCUUUUGCUAUGCAUGUGGCCAUUUCCAAUGGAUACAAUGAUCACAGAUGUGUCCCUCUCUAUGACGGGAGUGGCAAUGCAGUUGGCCUUGCAAAAUGGGCUACAUUCUUUUGGACGUCGGCAAGAUUUUACCGUGCAAAUUACGCAAAAUGAGAAACAAGAUCUCUUUCGACCAAGGCUGUGGUCACAUUGCAAGGCAGUCUGUCAAAUCACAAGUAUUGUCAAUGGAUUGCAGCCAUCAGUAAUCACCGAUGCAUUUGACUUACCACCCGACCAGCAGCAAGAAGCCUUAAAUAUUCUUUCACCUGACAUAUUCUGGGCCCACAAACUACAGGGUGCUUUUACAAGAGCAAUAACGGCCUUAAUGGCGCAUAUUUACCCUGUCACAAGCAAACCACUCUGUCCUUUAAUAGAUAAUUGGGACAACCAGAUCUUGGAAGUAGUUCAACAGGGAGGUGGAUACCUUGCACACGACCAAGUCUCGGUUCUCUUCAUGCGCCUACAUAUUGGGACAUUUUAUUUCUACGACAACGACGAACCUGCGCGGCACAGUCGGCUCAUAGCACUGUAUAAUACUGCGUGUUCAUUUAUCGACGCCGUGGCAUCUGCGGAUAAAAACCACGAUUACGCUCUAUACACCCCAGAGUUUAUCUACCGGUCAUUGAACCUGGCCGCUUGCGCAAUUUUACGCAUAUCGCGAAGCAACCUUCGUGAAUAUGUCGAUGUAGUCAUUGGUGAACGCGCCUAUUUUUCUUGUAUUAAUGUCCUGAAACGUCGCAUGAUUCGAAACAAUGACCUCAAUGGUCGUACUACCGGCGUUCUUACUCAGUUAUGGAGAAGCCCGCAAGCAUUCAAACAGAAGGACGGAUCGUACAAUAGCUUGGUGGUUCGUAUACGAAGCCGUGGGUCUAUGGGCAUAUUUUUUGACUGUUUCUGGUAUUGGCAACGAGAGUUCAACAACCAAAUAGACCCAUAUUAUGACCAGAGCAAUACCUCACAGCCUUCUGCAACUACUAAUUCCCAGGAAGGUGAAACUGUAGUUGCUCCACCUACCAGUGACCCGGGGGUCACGCCGCACAUUGAUCCUACCACAGUCACCGGCGAUGAGCAGCUAUUCCCCUUCCUAAACACUGAGUUUUUUCCGGACUGGGAUUCUAUGGACGGAUUUCAGAUCCCGUCUUUUGAAACAAUGCUGGAGCUAAUAAUUCAUCCUGGUCCCAAGACCGAAUUGAUCGAGUCGUCUAUUCCCGUUCCUAACGACGACCAGAUUGUUAUCAGAGUGAUAGUCUCCGGGAGCAACCCAAAAGAUUGGAAAAGGCCAGAAUGGCUAGACGUGCAUAUUAAUCAAGGAGAUGAUAUCGCGGGGACCGUUUAUCUAGUUGGGAAAAAUGUAACAGAGUUCAAGCCUGGCGAUCGAGUUGCUGCAUUCCACGAGAUCAUGGGGCCUGGAGGCAGUUAUGCGGAAUAUGCAUUAGCAUGGGCAUCGACAACGUUUCAUAUUCCCCAUAAAACGUCAUUUGAAGAGGCAGCAACUAUUCCCCUUGCAGCAAUGACAGCUGCAUUAGGUGUCUUCUCGCGCCUGGAACUUUGCGAUCCAUGGACCCCCCGCCACCCGGACAAUCCGGUUUUGAUAUAUGGUGGUGCGACGGCUGUUGGAUCUUUUGCAUUGAAAUUCGCCAUCAAAGCAAACGUACAUCCUCUAAUAGUUGUCGCCGGGGGUGGCGCAAAAUACGCCGAAUCACUGAUUGACCGCUCCAAAGGCGAUACAAUCGUUGAUUACCGUAAGGGUGCCGAUUCCUUGGUUGAGGAAAUCCAAAGUAUUCUCGGCAAGUACAAAGUAAACAAAUUAACUCAUGCUUUUGACACAGUAUGUGCACAUGGAAGCUUCAAAAACAUCCUCCGUGUUCUUGACCCAACCCAGGGUAAGGUGGCUUGUGUUCUACCUUUAACUGAGGAUCAACUGCCAUCAUCUCCAGUCAAUGCUGAGAUUUUGCAAACAAAUGUCCGAUGUGUACACGGGCAGCCAGGAGGUCUCCCUGGAGACCCAGAUUUUGGGUUCGUUUAUUUCCGAUACUUUGCUAAGGGCUUAAUGGAAGGUUGGUUUUCUGGUCAUCCUUACCAAGUUCGAGAAGGUGGUCUGGACGGAGUUGAGGGUGCACUGAGAGAUUUGAAAGAGGGCAAAGCUAGUGCUGUUAAAUACGUCUUUCGGAUUGAAGAUACACCGGCGUUGAAACGAACCUGA